AACCAACUCCUGCCAAGUAUACUCGUGAGGCGUUCCCUUUCUUGGCCUUUACCUCAGCGGCAGCCUCCUCCUCCUCCUCCUCCUCCUCUUGCGUUCUUCUCGCCAUUCUCUCUCUUUCUCUACUUCAGCUUCUCUGCAUCUGGAUCUCCAUUGCAUCCGCGAUGGACCCGUCGGAGCUGAAACGGGUCUUCCAGAUGUUCGACCGCAACGGCGACGGCCGCAUCACCAAGGCGGAGCUCACCGACUCGUUGGAGAACCUGGGGAUCCUCGUCCCCGAGGCGGAGCUGGCGUCCAUGAUCGAGAGGAUCGACGCCAACGGCGACGGUUGCGUGGACGUGGAGGAGUUCGGCACGCUCUACCGCACCAUCAUGGACGAGCGGGACGAGGAGGAGGACAUGCGCGAGGCCUUCAACGUGUUCGACCGCAACGGCGACGGGUUCAUCACCGUGGAGGAGCUGCGCUCCGUGCUCGCCUCCCUCGGCCUCAAGCAAGGCCGCACCGCCGAGGACUGCCGGAAGAUGAUCAACGAGGUGGACGUGGACGGUGACGGCGUCGUCAACUUUAAGGAGUUCAAGCAGAUGAUGAAGGGUGGCGGGUUCGCAGCUCCCAGCUAAUGGCUGCCUCCUCGGAAGAAUCAGGAUGUAGAUAGCGAUGACGACGACGGAUUUGGAUUGGACGAAGGAAGCAUGCAAGCAGAUGAGUUCAACCCACAUAACGUAGCAUCCGGUCACCGCCACACCACUAUAGAUUGCUCUAUAGAUCGCACUGUUUCUGUAUCAGCAUGUCUCUAUUUCAUUCCAUGUUUAAUUAAUAUUAUAUAAUAUUUUAUUGUA